AUGGAGAAGGCGGCUUCUUUCUCGACGGAGAAGGCGGCGGCGCCUGCAUCCCACCCGUGGUUGAGGUUCGACCUGUAUGUGGAGGGGUAUCCGAUCAAGAAGCAGAAGAUGGUGAAGCUGGACCAUCGGAACAGCUACAUCAAGUGGCUGCUCGUGUGGGACAAGAAGCCUCGCCGUCCCCUGCCCAACUUCCCAGAGAGGCUCCGCAAGGUCACGGACGCCAUCAAGGCCGAGCGCGACGAGAACGAGAGGGUCCUCGCCGACUUCAAGCGCGACGGCUACGCCUACGUCCAGGUCGACGUCUUCAACGACGACGACCCAAGGGCCAACCUCCCCGACCACCACUACGACAUCAUCCACCACGACAGCGACGAAGAAGCUUGA